GGCGGAGGCUCCAUGUUGUCCCCUCAGCGAGCGGUAGCGGCUGCCUCGAGAGGAGCAGGUGAUGCCAUGGAGAGCGGAAAGCCUGGUCCAGUGCAGGUUGUUUUGGUUCACAAAGACCAGCAUUCCUUUGAGCUAGACGAGAAAGCGUUGGCCAGCAUUCUCUUACAGGACCACAUCCGAGAUCUUGAUGUGGUGGUGGUGUCAGUGGCUGGUGCCUUCCGAAAGGGCAAGUCCUUCAUUCUGGACUUUAUGCUUCGGUACUUGUAUUCUCAGAAGGAAGUUGGCCAUUCAAAUUGGUUGGGUGACCCAGAAGAACCGUUAACAGGAUUUUCAUGGCGUGGGGGCUCUGACCCAGAAACCACUGGAAUUCAGAUCUGGAGUGAAGUUUUCACUGUGGAGAAGCCAGGUGGGAAGAAGGUUGCAGUUGUUCUGAUGGAUACCCAGGGGGCAUUUGACAGCCAGUCAACUGUGAAAGAUUGUGCUACCAUCUUUGCUCUAAGCACCAUGACUAGUUCUGUUCAGAUUUAUAAUUUGUCCCAGAACAUUCAGGAAGAUGAUCUUCAACAGCUGCAGCUCUUCACAGAAUAUGGUCGGCUGGCAAUGGAUGAAAUUUUCCAAAAACCCUUUCAGACACUGAUGUUUUUGGUUAGAGACUGGAGUUUCCCAUAUGAAUACAACUAUGGACUGCAAGGAGGAAUGGCAUUUUUGGAUAAGCGUUUACAGGUGAAGGAACAUCAACAUGAAGAAAUUCAGAAUGUCCGGAAUCACAUUCACUCAUGUUUUUCCGACGUCACCUGUUUUUUGUUACCACACCCGGGACUCCAGGUGGCCACAAGCCCUGACUUUGAUGGAAAGUUAAAAGAUAUUGCUGGUGAAUUUAAAGAGCACUUACAGCUACUGAUACCAUACGUAUUAAAUCCAUCUAAGUUAAUGGAAAAGGAGAUCAAUGGCUCAAAAGUCACCUGUAGGGGACUAUUGGAGUAUUUUAAGGCAUAUAUUAAAAUUUACCAAGGAGAAGAUCUGCCUCACCCUAAAUCUAUGCUUCAGGCCACUGCCGAAGCUAACAAUUUAGCAGCUGCAGCCUCAGCCAAGGACAUUUAUUAUAACAACAUGGAAGAGGUUUGUGGAGGAGAGAAACCUUAUUUGUCUCCAGACAUUCUAGAGGAGAAGCAUUGCGAAUUCAAACAACUUGCCUUGGACCAUUUUAAGAAGAUCAAGAAGAUGGGCGGGAAGGAUUUCAGCUUUCGUUACCAGCAGGAGCUGGAGGAGGAAAUCAAAGAACUGUAUGAGAACUUCUGCAAGCACAAUGGUAGCAAGAACGUCUUCAGCACCUUCCGAACCCCUGCAGUGCUGUUCACCGGCAUUGUGGCUUUGUACAUAGCCUCAGUCCUCACUGGCUUCGUUGGUCUAGAAGUUGUGGCCCAGCUGUUCAACUGUAUGGUUGGAUUGCUGUUAAUAGCACUUCUAACCUGGGGGUACAUCAGGUAUUCUGGUCAAUAUCGUGAGCUGGGCGGAGCUAUCGAUUUUGGUGCAGCAUAUGUAUUAGAGCAGGCUUCUUCUCAUAUUGGUAAUUCCACUCAGGCUGCUGUGAGGGAUGCAGUUGUUGGGAGACCACCCGUGGAUAAAAAAGCUCAAUAGUGUCUUAACGUGAAGAUCCGACAAGAACCUGGCCUGCCCCUUCUGAUUUCUGGAUUUCUGCCACGGCUACAGGUCUAGGUCCAGGUCCAGAGGAACAGCAGAUCUGAGACCAUCCAGAAAGAGCUGAAACACAGCACUGUAAUAAAUGAGCUGACCUUUCCUGUGGUUUCACCUCUUAAAUACACUUCCAUUUCUGUUGAAAGCAUUUCUUUUCCUUGCUGUUAGAGAUGUAGGCCUGUGUCUGUUUUAUUACUCUCUGCUUUGUGCACUUUAUGGGGGUGAAAGGUAAAGGAAAAAAAUGGAAAUGUAGUCCUUUAUGUGCUACUUAGUGCCUUUUAAGAUUGAAUCCAUGCUUUUAUGGGCAUAGUGGGGAGGGGAUGGAGGUUAACUUCAUGGAAGAUGCUGUUUUGGGGUGAAACUUACCAGUUCUUUUACACCUUACUCUUUUGAGGGGGAUUCCUUUUUAAAAGUUUACAAAACUUGGAAGAGCUUCAGAAAUAAAGACUAACUGAAUAUGAUGCCAUUACACUUUUAAAAAUCUUAUUUAUAUUAUUAGAAAAUUCUGUUUGCCAUAUAGUGUGG